AUGAGAAACCAGGGAUGGGACGUCCGCGACGUCGACGGUCUUCCCACCGCCUGGAUUGCCUCCUUUGAGUGCGGAAACGGUGGGCGCACGCUUGGAGUUAACUCCGAGAUGGACGCGCUGCCCGACAUCGGCCAUGCAUGUGGCCACAACCUCAUCGGCGUCGCCGGCGUUGCAAUUGCGUGCGCUGUGCGCGCGGCCAUGGAGCAGAUGAGCAUCCCUGGAAAGGUGGUGUUGCUUGGGACUCCUGCUGAGGAAGGGGGGUUGGGAAAGCUCAGGAUGCUUGAGAAGGGCCUAUACGAGGGCAUGGAUGCCUGUGUAAUGGUGCACCCCGCUCCCGGGCCCAUCCACUCUGUCAGCUUGAGUGGCUCGCUCGCGGCUGUAGUGUAUGAGGUCACCUAUAAGGGUCAUCCGCAAAACGCUCUCGACGCAGCGGUGCUCGCUUACAACGCCAUCGCCGUUCUUCGUCAGCAAACCAAACCUACGCAUCGUAUCCAUGGCGUGUUUGGGGGGAAAUGGACUGGGAACAUCAUCCCCGACAACGCGGCACUAACCUGGGUUAUUCGUGCUCCAACCAUAGCUGAGGCAAGAGAGUCCGGGAUUCGUGUACGCGCCUGCUUCGAAGCCGCAGCUACUGCAACAGGCUGCAAAGUGACAAUCGGCGACCCCCAAGAAGUAUACGAGCUUCGACAGAAUUCUGCACUCGGCGAAGAGCUGCGUGAUGUCGUCCGUAAGCGGUACGGUGACAUUGACUACGAGUGGGGGAUAAGUAGCGCUUCCACCGAUUUUGUGAAUUUACCUUCGUUGCACCCUGGAUAUUCAAUUCCUACCAUACCCGACGGCGGCAACCACACGCUGGGAUUCACAGACGCAGCAAAAACAAAGGUCACACAUGAUGCAACAAUGGUCGUGUCCAAGGCGCUUGCUGCCGUCGGAACGCGGGUGCUAGUCGACGAGGAGUUUGCCCAGAAGGUGAAGGAUGCGUUUGAGGAGGAUAAGAAGAGGAGGGGUACAUGA